UAACGUUGGGGUGCUGUUUCUUUCUUCUGCAAACCAAAACCCCCCACAUACAUUUUCUUCCUUUUUUGUUCUCUUGUGUGUGCAUGUUCAGUUUUUCCUCUCCUUUUUUUCCAUGUUUUCAUCAAAGUCUUUAUUAUCCCUUGUCAGAAACUCUAUUUACUGUCUCUGCCACGCUCCCUUCAUGUGGCAUUUGCACUUAAAACCCAUGUCCCUCUCUCUCUUUGUUAUUUCUGCAUCAACAAUGACUGUUGUUGCCAUUACUACUACUACUACUACCUUGUUGGUUCUCACAUUUCUUGGGUCAUUUGCAUAGUUCAAUUAGCAAAAGUGAAUAGUGGUGAUGAUGAUGAUGAUGAUGAUGAACACUUCUUCAAGGGAACCUUCUUCUAUGCCUCUGCCUUCUCCUAAGGCGCCACUGGGGUGCCCUGAUUUGUAUGGGAAACGGCGUCAGACAGCAAAAAUUCAGAUGCUGGAAAGAGAGAUAAGUUUUCUUGAGGAAGAGUUAAAAUCUUCUGAAGGCCUUCAACCAGCUUCAAGAUGCUGCAAAGAGAUUGAUGAUUUUGUGAUUGCAAACUCAGAUCCUCUGUUACCUACGAGCAAGAAGAACCGUCGAUCAUGUCGCUUCUGGAAGUGGCUCUGUCGGAUGCGGUGCUUUAACUUGUCUUGUAUCUGCUGUUGGUGCUGUUGCUGUGAUGGAUGCUUUGCUCCUCUAAAAUUGCCAAGCUGCUCCUGCUGCUGCCAGUGCAAGCCAUGCAAUUGCAGCUGUAGCUGUCUUCCAUCUAUCAAUUGCUCCCUACCAAAGUGGCAUUGUUGCUCAGAUAAAAAAUCAAUCACAUUGCUGUGAAGAGAAAUGUGAUUGCAAAAUUGUUGAAUUAUGACAAGUCGCAAUUUUCAGUGGCAUUUUCCCUCUUGCUGCAUUUGCAAAGGCUCUUGCUCUUGGCCAAGCAGUCCAAAAGUUUGCCCAUGUUGCUGUUGUACAAAGUCCUGUUGUUGGAACCCUUGCAUAUCCUGUUGCUAGUAUAGUCUAAAGCUAUCUUACAUCUAUCUUAGAAAAAAGGGGGGGAAAUAGUCUAAAGCUAUUGUCUUAAAAAUUUGUAUUUAUGAUAGCUUAUGGCUAGAUUAUAAAGUUGGGAAUAUAAAGGUUUAUAAAUGUUCUGUUAAA